CAUUUCAAGAGUAAAGUGCACACGUCUGAUCGGAAGUAUUAUGCCUUUGGAACAUAUUGUCACGGCAAUGUCUUGCUUGCUCUCGACAUGCGGUAAUAGCAACAGUACUGCCUUGAUGAUGAAUUCGGUGGUAUCAAAACCGCUCGAUGUCGUUUGGGGCGUGGGCUGCAAGAGACAAGCAGUGGACCUUACUAACAAACUCAAUACCUUGCUAAGCAAUCAAGAGAAAGUAAACGAUAUACUGAAUAAACUUGAAAGUAGCGUCAAGCAAUUAGAAAGCAUAAUGGCACCGAAUGGGUUAGAGGAGAGACGCGCCAAACGUGAGUUAGCAGACGCUUUCAAUAUGCUAACAUUUCCGAGAUUUGAUUGCAAUAGCUCUACUGAAAGCACACAAAAUAUGGAAAUCAACAACGAUAUGCGAUCAUAUUUAGUUGGCUGUGGAAAUAAUUACUACGGGGAAGGUUGGGUACCGAUUGCCUCUUUAAAUGCACCACAUGGAAAGCGUUUGAACGAAAAGUCACCGAAUGAGUUGAUUAAUGGCUUUGGAGACUUCGUAAUCGGCAAUAGUGUGAGCGAGUACUUUAUCGGCCUGGAGAAGUUGCAUGUGAUGACAACCAGAAAUGGAGUUUGUGAGUUGCUGAUAUUAAUGCACGAUGAGCAGGAGAUGGAUCGCAUCGAAACGAAGGCUACUCGACAUUUUAUGCACUACAAGACAUUCGUUGUGGCUGAUGCUGUUAAUGACUACAGAAUACUAAAGUUAGAUGGCUAUAAAGGCGAUAUUGUUGAUCCGUUGCAGAUGUUGCUGGGGCAGCCAUUUUCACUUGCUCAGUUAGAUUUGGAAGAUGCGAGCCAAAUUACAAUGUUUGUGAGAAGUGUAAAUACUUUAUACAAAAUUUUCUGAUGAAGUGCAAUUAAAAGUUAGGUGUACGGUUUUCAUUGCUUUUGACAUUUUUUUUAACAUGCGAGCGAAAUUAAUAAAUCUCGAAAUAGAAUAAAACUUUCAGUUU